AUGGUUCAUCGCUCAUGGAUGCCGGUGAGAUGGAUGGCGAAAGAGGCAAUCGAACAGGGUCGGUUUAGCGAAGCAUCUGACGUGUGGUCGUUUGGCGUGACCCUGUGGGAGAUAUGGAGUUAUGGUCGUCAACCGUACGGAUCUGCUUCGAAUCAGACUGUCAUCGAACUGAUUGCCAAUCGACACCUGCUCGAAUGCCCACAAAAUUGUCCGACAAAUAUCUAUGGUUUGAUGAUCGAGUGUUGGAAUGCGAAUCCGGAUCGGCGACCGACGUUCUCGGAGAUUCACAGCCGCCUUCAGUCAUGGUCUGUCGUCAGUCCAGCGCAUUCGAUCUUGCACAAUCAACGGGCAAGUGCCAGCUCACAGAGUGGUUCAUCUGGCGCUGGUGGACGCGGCCAGUCUAACCGGGUGUCGUCGUUGACUCGAACGGCCCCGUAUCAACAGCAGACCACACGACAACGACGGACUGAUGACGCCAGUCCUUUGAUGAGAAGAGAUGCCAACUAUGCUUACUCAGAUGAUGGCGAUAGCGACUGA